AUGAACUCACUUUUGAAGAAAGUACUUCUUCGAACCUUUGGCUUCUCCUUGCUAGUCUUUCUAAGUCCUUUGCUAUUCAUUCAAGUGGAGUACACAGAGAAGGACGAUAACCAGGAAAAAUAUCAGUUGUUAUCCUCUUUGUACAAGUCCAUGGAGUCUAAAUACAACAUGUCUCUUGAAGAAUUCAACAAGUUUUGCAGCGUUGCGUAUGAAGCUUUAAGCAUGCCUAAGCCAAAGUGGACCUAUAUUCAUGCCUUUGAUUUCAUUGUGCAGACCGUAACCACUAUAGGUUAUGGAUACAUUACCCCUCAAACUCCUGAAGGUCAGAUAUUGUGUAUCUUCGUGUCUCUACUUGGAAUUCCAAUAACCUUGCUCACGUUGAAUUCCGUCGGCGAGUUGAUCGCCAAACUGAUCAGCAAAAUUCUCACCAAAUUUGAAAGGAAAUUCCUCGGAAGACCAGAGCCGAAACAUGUUAAAAUUAAGACCGCCGCUAUUUUGGGAUUAUCUAUGAUAACAAUCAUGAUGGUGUGUGGCACAGUGUCAGUAAUGAGACAAGAAGGAAGAGAAUCGGAUUGGACUUUCGUCGAAGCAUUAUAUUUUUGGUUCAUAACAUCCUCCACAAUUGGUUUUGGCGACUAUGUAUUUUAUCCACCCAGCUAUAGGAUUAAGAAACUAACGUUGCUUAACUCUACAUACCAAGGAAACGAGAAUGCCGAAUCUUUUCAAGCUUUCCAUAUACCUUCCAGCCUUUUUUUCGUAACUAUAUACAUGUUCAGUCUAAGCAUUGUUUGCAGUGUAAUAAAUUCCAUCAUGGCUGCCAUCGAGGAGAGUAAAUGUCACCCUCGAUGUGUUGGAUGUUUUACGAACAAAACGCGAGACUUCCAUGAAAACACUGAGCAACAUGGCCAGAACCACGCAGCAAUGUCUUGA